UAUUAUUCAGCGUAUCGGACAACACAACAAAACACUCCGCGCGCGCAGAGGGACAUUCAGCUUCUGCUGCUCUUAUUUAACUUAUUUAACUUUUUAAUCAAGAAACGCUAAAAUGAAUCGAAUGGGGAGUAUGUGCACAUUUGAUGAAAUCCGAAUGGAUGACAGACUGAACGGCCACAGGACGCUCAGGCUGACUCUCCACGAGCAGAACCAGCAACAGCAGCAGCAGCCUGUCACAGACAAGCCAGUCGGCAGAGCAUUUGCUUUGAUACAACCAACUUAUGAGAGGAAGCCGCUGAAGUCUGAUUUGAUCAAGCCGUCUGACGAUCAGGGUGAGGUCAUCAAGGUAUAUCUGGAGGACCGCAAAGAGGCACAAGCCAGACACCAACAGAGUCUAAAGAUGCUCUCAGAGGAGGUUUCACAAAUACAGGAGGUGAGAUACUGUCUGAAGAGCCUCAGAGAGCAGAUGGCAGCUAAAAGUCACAGAGCCGAACAUAAGCUGGUGUUAUCUGGUGCCAGAAAAGUCAAUGGUACUCAUUCAGCACUGACACAGAGCCUGAAUGGUUUAGAGAGACAGGAGAGUAUGGAUGAGCAAGAGAAAGAGAAGAUGAGGGAGGCCAGCAAACGUCUGUACGCUCAGCUUCAAGAGGCCGAGAAGAAACACCAGGAGGAAAGAGAGAAACUGCUGAUGGAGGCGCGUCAGUAUAAACAGCAGCUGUCGGAGCAGAGUGAGCAUCUGAAGAGGAUCCAGCAGAGCAAACAGCAGCAGGACCAGCAGAUUGAAGACCUGCGGCGUCUCAUGAGCGGCAUGGAGCAGGAGAGCUCGGGUCUCAGGGAGCAGCUCAUGAGCAGAGAAGCUGAAAUCCUGCAGCUCAGAGAACUCAGAGACGAGGGUCACGUCGGGACACAGAGGCUAGAAGAGCUGGAAAAGGACAAUGCCAUUCUGAAAGAGAAGAUUCACCACUUGGAUGAUAUGCUGAAGAGUCAACAGAGAAAAAUGCGGCAGAUGAUUGAGCAGCUUCAAAACUCACGCAUGGUGAUUCAGGAGAGAGACCGAGCCAUCAGAGAGCUGGAGGAAAAGGUGGCCAUGCUGGAGGCUGAGAACAAACAAAUGCGUGACCAGAUGGAUUAUUACCUGGGGAGCCAAAGGUCAAAUUCAUUCCUGCCAUCAGACGGCAAUGCGCAGAUCGUCUACAGCAAACCUCUCAGACCAUCCAGCCAAAGCAACAAGAGUCUGCCCUUCAUCAAAGUCAUCGAAAUUAAAUCGUGAAAAAACUAAACCCAGCGCUUUACUGUCUGAAGGCCUUCACUUCUCAUAAUGCAGAGGUCUGUUACUGUUUUAGGCUCGAACUCUGAAUGCGGGACUGUUAAAGUGAACAUAUGAAGAAAAACAGAUUGAAGAAGUCAUUUUAGUCAUUAUUGUGAAGCUAGAUGAAGUUGGAGGUAUUUAUUUGAGGCUGGCCCUCUGAAAACGAUGUCUUUUACUCAGCAGUAAUGGACAGAUUGUAACGUUAAACACCCUCAUUGAGCUUUCUUUAUCUCUCAUAAUCUUGAUCAUCUCGGGAUUUGCUCGGCUAAGUGGACUGAAGGGGGCUUUUUCUCUGAUACAAAUCACAGGUGAAAAUCUGGGUAAAUUAGAGCAAGCGUAGUACUGGAAUUGUGUUUAUUUAUUUUAUAGGUGUUAGUUUCUGUAAUUCAAAUGGAUUUGAAUCUGUUGAAAUAAAUAAGCAAAUAAAAAAACUAUUUUAAAAUGUUUUAUUUUAUUCACACCUAUUAAUUUCUAUAAUUCAAAUUGAUUUUAAUUUGUUGAAAUAUAUGAAAUCAAUAAAUUAAUGAUUUUAUUCAAAAGCGUUUCUAUAAUUUAAAUUGAUUGUAGAUAUGUUGAAGUAUUAAAAAAUACAAAACAUUGUUUUAUAUCUUUAAUCACACUCAUUAGUUUCUAUAAUUCAUUUUAAUCAAUGAAAGUCAAUAAAAUAAAUUUAUUUAUUCAAACCCGUUAGUAGUACACUCGAACUCUCUGAAGUAUAUUUAAAAAAAUGACAAAAUAUUUAAUAGAAACGAAUGGUUUUGAAGAAUUCAGAUUUUAAUCCUUUGAUGUAAAUAAAAUAAAUUAAGACUACUUUAUUCAAACCCAUUACUUUCUUUAAUUCAAACCGAUUUUAAUCCGUUGAAGUAAAUAAAAUAUAUUAAAAUACUUCAUUCAAACCAAUUAGUUUCUUUAAUUCAAACAGGUUUUAAUCCAUUAAAGUAAAUUAAAUAUAUUAAAAGACUUUAUUUUAUUCAACCCCAUUAGUUUCUUUAAUUCAAACAGAUUUUAAUCCGUUGAAGUAAAUAAAAUAUAUUAAAAUACUUCAUUCAAACCAAUUAGUUUCUUUAAUUCAAACAGGUUUUAAUCCAUUAAAGUAAAUUAAAUAUAUUAAAAGACUUUAUUUUAUUCAACCCCAUUAGUUUCUUUAAUUCAAACUGAUUUUAAUAUAUUAAAGUAAAUAAAAUAUAUUAAGACUUCAUUCAAACCAAUUAAUUGAGAAUUCAAACAGAUUUUAAUCCAUUAAAGUAAAUUAAAUAUAUUAAAAUACUUUAUUCAACCCCAUUAGUUUCUUUAAUUCAAACAGAUUUUAAUAUAUUAAAGUAAAUUUAAUAUAUUAAAAUACUUCAUUCAAACCAAUUAAUUUCGAGAAUUCAAACAGAUUUUAAUCCAUUAAAGUAAAUUAAAUAUAUUUAAAUACUUCAUAUAUUAAAAUACUUCAUUCAAACCAAUUAAUUUUGAGAAUUCUAAUGGAUUAAAAUCUGUUUAAGUAAAUUAAAUAUAUUAAAAGACUUUAUUUUAUUCAACCCCAUUAGUUUCUUUAAUACAAACAGGUUUUAAUCCAUUGAAGUGAAUCAAAUAAAUUAAAAAGACUUUUGUAUAAAUAUAAAAAACUUUUUUUGGAAUUAUUAUUAUUAUUGUUGUUGUUACUAUUAUUUCAAAAGCUAAAAUAUGAAACUAUUUUACAGGUAUACAAUACAACAAUAGAAUAAAAAUAAUUUCUGUCUAUUUCAACAGCUGAAUAUUUCAAUUGAAUUAUGGAAAAUAGCAUGUAUUAAUAUCUUAUUUUAAGGAAUGUGAAGUAAAGAAUGAAGGAUUAACGCAUUUUAAUAAUAUCUUCUUUUUGUUAAAUCUAAAUUGAGGUGAGGUAAUAUUUUCCAUGGUUCUGUGUCUACUGAAAUAUACAAAGCAUUUGGUCUCUCAUUGCAAGAGUCCAGAAGCCCAGCAGUGCUCCUCCUUUAUCACUAAUAAUAACUGAUAACUGAACUGCUGAAAGAACAGAAGCAGAGACAGUGAGUCAACACAUACACACACUCAAGCUAAAACAGAGAACUGCAACAAAUAUUUAUACCUUUCUCGACCAAAAGCCACGCAGCAGAGAGAAUCCAGACUCACUUCCUUGAAAAACAAAGGGGCCUUUUAAAAGCGUUUCAUAAGUCUCCAAGAAUGUAACACUUGUCCAGCACUGAGUGACCAGUUCAGACUAGCGUGACCUCUGUUCUCCAGUGCGCACUCAACCAGUCAGCCAUUUUCAGCAGUCACUAAACUGCAGCGGGUUAGAGAUUAUUUAUACUUUCAGACGGGGGUGUUGAACUAUGCAUUUCAUUACCAUGUUUGUCCACCUUCACAUUUGUAAAUGGCUGUGUGUAUAUUUUCAUGUUGUGUGAACUUUAACCUUGUGAAUUUCUCAGAAAUGCUUCAUAUUAGCAUGUAACAUUCUUUAUUUUUUUGUAUUAAUAAUAAUGAUAAUAUUUUUGUAGUAAAUACGAGUGGUUUGUGAUGCUUGAAUUAAUGUGUGUUGUGUGUUAUAUUUAAAUAAAUUAGUUUCAUUAA